AUGAAGCGCAGCAGCUUCAACAUGCCAUUUUUUCACUACAUCUUCCAGCCAAAAUCCGCCCAGUUAUCAUCGUUCAGCAUGGAAGGGGUCGAGCUGGUCUCGCGUGUGCUGUUGGUGGCUGGGAUGAGUGCCCUGCUGCCCAACUUGAAAGGUGGCAGCCUCACGAAGCCUUUCUUCGACUCCCAGGCCUGUCAUGAUGCCAUUGCCUCGGGCGCCAGCUGUCAAGUCUGUGAGACCAAGUUCAAGCUCUGCAGAGGACACUACCUGUAUGAACCCUUCACCGUGGUCUUCUUUGAGGCUAUGGCCACGGUGGUAUUUGGGAUCCUGGCCGCGCUGUGCGUUCUGGGAACCAAGCGUUCCCUGCAACUUCUCUUCAACUGGAGAUCUAUCCGUCGCGUGCUACCUGUGGGUGCUACCUAUGCCAUAGGAGACCUAAUGGACCUGGCAGCUGCGCGAAAUGUCUCCGGCACCACGCUGCUGGUGGCGGCACAGUUGCGCCUGCCUCUGUGCGCACUGCUGCGUUGGAUUCUGCUUGGAAGGGGGCAGACAGCCCUGCAGUGGCUGAUGCUGCCGGUCAUUUCCCUACUUUGCGUCGGACAUGUGGUGCACGACCUUGGUGAUAGCGUUGCAGCUGGAACGGUUGGCAAUGAAGGGUCGUGGAUUGCAGCAUCGCCUGAUCAACUCCUGGUGGCUCUGCCCCUGAUCUUAGGAAAGAGCCUCAUCAGCUGUGGUGGGGCGGUGCAUGCAGAAUACUUUUUGCAAAGUGACGCUCAGGAAGUUCCGUUGAGCGUGACUCAGGUGCAUUUCAAGUCUGCCACGAUGCUGGGUGCGCUGAUUGUUGCAUGGGCACAGGGGCUGCUGAGCAGCAAAAUUCUGGCAAGCAGCUGGGAUGGGCACAUCUUCCCGCAUUUCCCACCAGGAGUGCAGCCAGGUGAUGCGAGAACACCCUUCUUUGGAGGAUGGGACAGUGAUACCUGGCUCCUCGCCAGCUGCUUGAUUGUCAACAACUUUUUGGUGGCUGACCAAAUGCGACGCCUCACCUCCGUAGCCAAGUAUGUUGCCUAUGCUUUUGGAUUGGUGUUUAGUUACUUGGCCCAGCUCCACGAGGGUCGGGAAUUCAGUCCUGUGCAAGCCUGCUCAUGCUUCGGCAUUGCGCUGGUGGCAGUGGCAUACAUCGCUACCCCAGCUGGCGUGAAAGACAAGAAGCAUGAGACCGCUGAAGGACUGGCUCCAGUCCUGCCUCCAGUGCCCGCCCGUGCCGGCCCGCGGGGCUGCCAAAUCUCCUGCUGCGAAGGGGUCACCUGGGUCCACGCGAGAGGCGUGGGCGUGGCGUCGCUGAGGUGCAAGAUGGGUAGUGGUGCCAGUGCUCCCUCGUCCUUGCGAGGCCUUAGCAAUGAUCCCGCUGGUCUCAUGGCGUUGAUCGAUGCUGAGCGGCGUGAGAAGCAGUGGCUCGCCAAUCAGUAUGAUUUGAAGUGUGCAGAGGCGGUUGAACUCCGGUCACAGCUGGAAGCGUUGCAGCGAGCGGCUCAGCCUCCAAGGUGCCAUGAGCCAUCGGCGCCAUCGGCGCCAUCGGCGAGCAACGCGUCAUCUCCGGCAAAGUCGGGAUGCAGUGUGGUCUAUGAGGGACGUGAAAGUCCAAGCCUCUCAAGUCCGGUCAGCAGUCCGUGUAGCCGUGGUGCCCUGCGGGAUCGUCGAGGGCUUCAGAUUUCCUUGGACACCAAACCCAGCGUACCAACUUCGAAGGCAUCUGGCUCCGAGCAGCAGGUGGCCCAACCAGCACGCAGACUGUCCACUGGAGGUCUGAAAGUUCCCCCGGAAGGAAGCCAGGCUCGGCAUCGGAAUUCCGUGCUGGGCUCGGAUGCCGAUUUGCAGUUCUUGGGCCAGCUGAACACUCAGGUUGCAAAGCAGCACCCCAUGGAGGUUCCACCAUCCCCAAAGAGAUUGCUGAGCCAAAAAACUUGGGCGACUCGCCCUGCAAUGGCUGGGCGAUUGGGGCAAGACUCCUUCCCUCAAUAUUUGAUAGAUUUGAUAGCAACCAUUUUUAUCCAUUUUUCGGGAUAUGAUGUGGCAAUAUGUGGGAUAUAAAUGGAUAUAAUAUGGGAAUAGAAUGGGGAAUCGGAUAAUCCUUUCCUCUCAACUUCCGAAGCCUUGGUCCAAAUCUAUUGGAUUGAAUUGGGGGCACCGACGGGCACCG